GACUCCUCGCUAGAUGUGCUUCAGGGCUUUGCUGCUGCUGUUCUCACUGCUGCUGCUGCCGCUGCUCCUGCUGGUGCUGCCGCUGCUGUGCUGGGGGUCCGGUCACCAGGCAAAAAGCCCUGUAGGGUUGGAGGGAAGUCAUGAGCCGUUUCUUGAACGUGUUACGAAGCUGGCUGGUUAUGGUGUCCAUCAUAGCUGUAGGAAACACCCUGCAAAGUUUCCGAGACCACACCUUUCUCUAUGAAAAGCUCUACACAGGCAAGCCGGAUCUCGUGAAUGGCCUCCAGGCUCGGACUUUUGGGAUCUGGACACUGCUGUCAUCAGUGAUUCGCUGCCUCUGUGCCAUCGACAUCCACAACAAGACGCUGUACCACAUCACACUCUGGACCUUCCUCCUCGCCCUGGGGCACUUCCUGUCCGAGUUGUUUGUCUUUGGGACCGCAGCUCCCACGAUUGGCGUCUUGGCCCCCCUGAUGGUGGCAAGUUUCUCAAUCCUGGGUAUGCUAGUUGGCCUCCGGUACCUAGAAGUCGAACCAGUAUCCAGACAGAAGAAGAGAAACUGAGGCCGGCGUUAACCACCUCUGAGACUUCGUCUUCCACCUUGCGUCCCCUUCCUUCAUCCUCCAUCCUCUUCUUUCUGCUCCAUCCUGAGCCCUCUUACCACUCCUAGCCUUUUAGGUUUGGGGUUUUUCUUACACUUCAAAAUUUUUAAGCUACAACCUUCACACAGAAAAUAUAAUGUGUACAUACAAUUGAAAGAAUCCUUUUAAAUGAUUGCAUACUCUGUCCCUUCACCCAGAUCAAGAGAUGUCCAGCACCUCAGAAACCCACUAUGUGCCCUUCCCCUACCUACAGUCUCUUCCAGGAUCCCUUUUCCAGCCUUCUGCUUUUUCCCUUUAUUUUCAUCCCUUCCUCUGACUUGUGUGGUGGGAACACGUGAACUAUGAAACUUACAGCUGCUGCGCUACCCAGAGCAGCUGCCACCAAGGGCUGCUUCAGGAGGUCGCCCCCCGAGGUUGGGCUCCUCUCUGCUGCUGGCCCCAAGACUCUGAACCAUCCGAGGAACAGGCAGUUCUUCUAAGAAGGGCUCCCCUGUGAGUAAGCAUGGCUCGUAUACUUGUGUCUACAAGUGGAUCAGGGUUGGAAGAGUCUGGGCUGUUUUUAGACCUUCUGGUCAGCUCUAUUUGUGUAACAAAUUUUGUAAUAAAUAGAAAAAUCCUCUGCUUGGA